CUUCUCUUCUCCGGAUAAGGCUUUUUACCUCAUAACCGCGAUUCUGUAGUCCGUAUCCGCUCCUUCGGAUUUCAGACCUUCAUAUUCCAGCAACUGUUCUGAAGAACACUUCCAAAGCUUGCAAUGGUUAAAAGAAGCUUAGCUUGAACCAUCCGUGAAUUUCAUCGAGGAAAGAUGGAAAUCAGCAGCAGUCAAAAGGGCAGCAUCAUUGGGUUCUUCAGGGAACGAGGUUUUGAUGAGAAAAACAUCCAUGAAAUGUUCAAAAGAUGCAAGCGUUUAGAGGGCACAGAAAGAGAAAGAGCCUCCCAGAAUUGGGAUUACUUGAGAAGCAUUGGUAUUCAAGAGAGGAAGCUUCCUUCUGUUGUUUCAAAGUGCCCCAAGAUCCUUACUUUAGGCCUAAAUGAGAAGCUUGUGCCUAUGGUUCAAUGUCUUGCAACCUUGGGAACAAAACAGAAUGAGGUGACCUUGGCCAUAAUGAAAUUUCCCCACAUACUCUCUCAUAGUGUGGAAGAGAAGCUUUGUCCUCUACUAGCUUUCUUCCAGGCAUUGGGGAUUCCAGAAAAGCAGUUGGGUAAGUUGAUACUUCUAAAUCCAAGGCUCAUCAGCUACAGCAUUGAAACAAAACUUGUGCAAAUUGUGGAUUUUCUUGCUAGCCUUGGUCUUAGCAGAGAGGGAAUGAUUGGUAAGGUUCUGGUGAAGCACCCAUUUAUUAUGGGUUACAGUGUUGAGAAAAGGCUACUUCCUACUUCAAAGUUUCUAAAGUCAGUGGGUUUGACUGAGUUAGAACUCCAAAAAGUGGCAAUGAAUUACCCUGAAGUUUUGUGUAGAGAUGUCGAGAAGAUUCUGAAACCCAACCUCUCUUUUCUGAAGAGAUGUGGAUUUGGAGAUAGACAGAUAGCAGUUCUGGUGGCUGGAUAUCCCCCUGUACUCAUAAAGAGCAUUAGAAAUUCUUUGGAGCCAAGGAUUAGGUUCUUGGUGGAGGUAAUGGGAAGACAGAUUGAUGAAGUGGCAGAUUACCCUGAUUUCUUUCGCCAUGGUCUGAAGAAGAAAUUAGAGUUGAGGCAAAGGCUCUUGAAAGACAAGAAUGUAAAUUAUAGCUUGAGUGACAUGCUGGAAUGUAAUCCGAAGAAGUUUGCGUUAAAGUUUGGUUUGAUUGAAGGGCUUAGCUGAGAUUGGAAUUUGAUGUUGCCUGUGUUGUGGUGUUUGAUUAAGGUAAACUUAAAUAAAAAAUAGUUUAGGCUGCGUUCUCCAGGAUUAGACAAAAGAGUCUUUGCCUGCUCCUGCUUUUGUAAUUCUUAGUCAUUUCCAAAUUCUGUUUGUACUGUGUAGAAACAACAAAUCUGAAUGCUCAUCGCAACAUCA